CCACCAUCUUCUUCUUCUUCAGCGCUUCACCUGCCUCUGCCAUUAGAGGGUUUUAGCGACUGAGGGAAGUAGACGCAUCAAACCAUGGCUGGGAAUCAAUUGAUAGUGCUUAACGCACUCGAUGUCGCGAAGACGCAAUUGUACCAUUUCACUGCCAUCGUCAUUGCUGGAAUGGGCUUCUUCACCGAUGCGUACGAUCUGUUCUGCAUCUCCCUCGUCACCAAACUCCUCGGGCGGAUAUAUUAUCAUGUGGAUGGUGCGCCGAAGCCCGGUUCAUUGCCUCCAAAUGUCUCUGCCGCUGUCAAUGGCGUGGCAUUCUGCGGCACUCUGGCAGGCCAGCUCUUCUUUGGCUGGCUCGGCGACAAAAUGGGGCGGAAGCGCGUCUACGGCUUAACCCUAAUUCUUAUGGUCGUUUGCUCCAUCGCCUCAGGACUUUCGUUUGGGGAUUCGCCUAAGGCCGUCAUGGCAACCCUCUGUUUCUUCAGGUUCUGGCUCGGUUUCGGCAUUGGCGGCGACUAUCCUCUUUCUGCCACCAUCAUGUCUGAAUACGCAAACAAGAAGACUAGAGGGGCUUUCAUCGCGGCAGUUUUCGCCAUGCAGGGUUUCGGGAUUCUUGGUGGCGGGAUAGUAGCUCUCAUCGUGGCGAGUGCGUUCGACCAUAAAUACAAGUCUCCUACAUACGAGGUCGACCCCAUCGGCUCCACUGUGCACCAAGCUGACUAUGUCUGGCGGAUAAUCUUGAUGUUCGGAGCUCUCCCCGCCGCGGUCACCUACUACUGGCGGAUGAAGAUGCCGGAAACCGCCCGUUACACCGCACUAGUGGCCAAGAAUGCAAAGCAGGCAGCUGCAGACAUGUCCAAGGUACUGCAAGUAGAUAUUGAAGCUGAACAGGAAAAGGUAGAUCGGCUCAUCCGCAAUAAAAAUUCCUAUGGCUUGUUCUCGAAGGAAUUUGCCCGCCGCCACGGCCUUCCUCUCCUCGGCACAGCCAGCACUUGGUUCCUACUGGACAUUGCCUUCUACAGCCAAAACCUCUUCCAAAAGGACAUCUUCACCGCAAUCGGUUGGAUCCCACCGGCUAAAACGAUGAACGCAAUCCAUGAAGUGUACAAGAUCGCAAGGGCGCAGACUCUCAUCGCCCUAUGCAGCACGGUGCCAGGGUACUGGUUCACCGUGGCUUUCAUCGACAUCCUCGGCCGGUUCUUCAUCCAAGUCAUGGGCUUCGCCUUCAUGACAAUCUUCAUGUUCGCACUUGCAAUACCGUACCAUCAUUGGACGCAAAAGGAAAACCACAUCAGUUUCGUGGUCCUGUACUCGUUCGCCUUCUUCUUUGCCAACUUCGGGCCAAACGCAACCACGUUCGUGGUGCCGGCCGAGAUCUUCCCAGCAAGGCUGCGGUCGACAUGCCACGGGAUCUCAGCGGCUGCUGGGAAGGCCGGGGCAAUCGUCGGGGCAUUCGGGUUCUUGUAUGCGGCGCAAAACAAGGACCCAACAAAGACCGACGCUGGAUACCCUGCCGGAAUCGGAAUUAAGAACUCCUUGAUCAUGCUCGGAGUCAUAAACUUUGCUGGGAUGUUGCUGACUUUCUUAGUUCCUGAAUCAAAGGGCAAGUCCUUGGAGGAUCUGACCGGCGAAAAUGAGGAAGAGACAGCUGAAACAGAACUGCAAAAUGCUUAAAUCAUAUGAUUCAACAUCGAGUGAUCGUAAGGAAAAUAUAAGAACCUAUCUGAUUGUCAUCUAUG